AUGGCGGCGAAGGGAAAAGUUGGAAUCAUCGGAAGUGGCUUGAUAGGCCGAGGCUGGGCGAUGCUGUUCGCAGCGUCAGGGUACGAGGUCUGUCUGUUCGACAUCCUGCCUGAACAGGUGUCAGGAGCGCUCGACAACAUCAAGAUGCGCCUCCACGACCUGCAGAAAGCUGGGCUGCUGCGUGGAAGCCUGACGGCAGACGAGCAGUUUGGGCUGAUUUCUGGCUGCAGCGAUUUUAAUGCCGCCUGCCAGGGGGCGCUUCACAUACAGGAGUGUGUCCCUGAGAACCUGGAGCUGAAGAGAAAGAUUUUCAGCCAGCUGGAUGCCGUUGCCGACGACAACGUGGUCCUGUCCAGCUCCACCUCCUGUAUCCUGCCAUCCAAGAUCUUCACCGGGCUCAAACAUGUCAAACAGUGCAUUGUGGCACAUCCUGUGAACCCACCGUACUAUGUCCCCCUGGUGGAGCUCAUCCCCCACCCCGAGACGGACCCGAGCACCAUGGACCGCACCCGCGCCCUGAUGGUGGAGAUCGGCCAAUCACCAGUCAGCCUGAAGAAGGAGGUGGACGGGUUUGCGCUGAACAGGAUACAGUACGCCAUUAUCGCUGAGUCAUGGAGGCUCAUACAGGACGGUGUGAUGUCCCCUGAGGAUGUAGACACGGUGAUGUCAGCAGGGCUGGGUCGGAGGUACGCCUUCAUCGGGCCGCUGGAGGUCAUGCACCUCAACGCUGAAGGGAUGAAGAGUUACAUAGAGCGGUAUGGUGAGACCAUGCAGCGAGUGCUGUCCACCUUCGGACCCAUCCCAGACUUCAGCGGGCCGGCACUGGAGCAGGUGGACACGGCCAUGACCAGUCGGACACCCUCGACCCCCGAAGCCCUGACAGAACGGAGGAGGUGGAGAGACGCCCGGCUUACAGGACUGGCUCGUCUCCAGUCUGAUAUGGACAACAGUAGUUAGAGUCCUUCUCAUUGCUUUUACACUGGCAUUGUAUGUCUUGUGUUGGGAUAUCUAAUUUCCUGUAACAUCAAUCACUUUUAUCAUAGUUUGAAGCUAGACUUUUUCAGUGGACACACUGUGUCUCUGAAUCAUACAAACUAUCAAAUGUCUUCUGCCAUGGCAAACAACUUUGCUUUUAUUGAUGUUUGUCCAUUCCUUUCUUUUUGCUUAUUUUAAGAUCAAGGUACUGUAUCACAAGAUUCAAAUCAACUCAAGACAGGACCAAGGUUUAAAGAAAACAAGUCAGACAAGACACUAUGAUAUCUAUAAUUGAAUGUAAUGUUAUUUCUACCGAUCUAUCAUAACAUCAAUGUGAGAACUUAAGAGAAUUACUCAGGUAAAUCAUGAAGCUUGACUUCAUUCCAUGUAUUCUCAUUUGGUUAUACAAUGUGCAAAAUAUGGCAAAUUUUUGCAUAACAGAAUGAAUAAAAAUCACGAGGGA